AUCUUAUUUAUUUUUCUCAAAUUUUAAGUGUAUGCAUAAUCUGUUUCUUUUUGACGUUUGCUGUCAAAACAGUGCACGCCACACGUGCCUGAAACCAAUAAAAUGCGUAUAGAAACAUGUUAUUUCUGUUCAUCCAGGGUUUAUCCUGGACACGGAAUCCAAUUUGUCCGGAAUGACUGCAAAAUUUUCAGAUUCUGUCGUUCAAAAUGCCACGCAGCGUUUAAAAAGAAGAAGAAUCCCCGUAAAACUAAAUGGACUAAAGCUUACCGUAAGACUGCGGGUAAGGAAUUGUCUAUAGACCCAUCCUUUGAGUUUGAAAAGAGACGAAAUGUGCCCUUGAAAUACAAUCGCGAAUUGUGGACUAAAACAAUCGAAGCUAUGAAGAAAGUGGAAGAGAUCAGACAGAGAAGGAGUAAUAAUUAUAUUAUGCAGCGAUUGAGACAGGGCAGAGAGGUAGAGUGGCAAAGAGACGUGCGAGAAGUCCAGAGAGACAUCUCUUUGAUAAAGUCACCAGCGGCUGGUCUGAAACAGCGACAAGCUUUAGAAGCCACAGAAAUGGAAGUGGAACCCGAGACAAUAGAAGUUGUGGACGCUAAAGGCAGGAAACAGAUUAUUGAGGCUCCGGUCAUGGUACCUGCAACAGGCGAGUUGAUUGAAGAGGGUGGUGAUAUUGAAUUGUAGUUAAUGUAAAGGAAGCAAAGUAAAUAGUUUCAAAAUAUCAUGUUUUGCAGUCAUUGGAUAAGUAAAUAUGCUCAGGGAUUCAUUUGUUUGAAUGUAAAUAUUAGCAGGGUCUGAAUUUUGAUGAUUUAACAUGUUUUUAAAAUUAUAAAUUCUCAGAAGUAGAACAUCAUUCUUUUUUUUUAUUUGGCGAGCAGAACAUUUGUCAUUGUUUAUUCUCAUUGAAGUAACGUAAGUAAGAAUAAAGUUAGAGAGAACUGCCAAGUGUA